GUGUGUGCAGCUCCUCGUGGUUUCGCGGGCCUCCGCCUCUUCCUCCUCCACCUCCCCCUGCUGCGCCCCGGACUCGGGGGACCAGGUAGACGGAGAGCGAGGACGGGCCCCCCGGGACCGCUCUUGCGUCGGUACGUUAGCCUUGAUGGGCGCCAGCCAGCCUGGACACGCACGCAUUCAAGCCGGCGACCCGCCUGCGGAGCACACGUGUGCCGUCGUCGUCGUCGCGCGCAGGUGGUUUUAUCCGCGAGGAGACCCACGUCUCCCACGUAAUUCGGCCGCGAGAGGAGAAGAGAAACCGACUCCUCCCCCGGAGGGAAGAAAGGAGGAAGAGGCUCGCGGGUGACCUCCGACGUCGGCGUGGUCCAGGAGGACCUCGCUUCGGGAAAAGUGGAGGAGGAGAGACCGCAGGAUGCUCGGUGAUUGAUCCGGCCGGUGUGUGUGCGCGCGCGCAAACGAACGGCGAGGAUGUCGACGACGGACGUGGUCCGCAUCGUGCAGCAGGGAGCCGCCGACGAGGACCAGGGGAGGCUGAAGGCUGAUCUACAGUACCUGAGAAGAAGGGGCCUGUUCAAGGCGUCCGGCGAACUAUUGCACCAAGGACGCAAGUGCGCGCGAUGCGGCGCUCCAUUCGGUAGAUUUUACAACGUCGGCACGGUGUGCACGCGCUGCAGGCAUCGGAUAUGCCGGCAGUGUCGCGUCGAGAUCAGGAGUCACACCGGCGACAAAGAGGAGGUCGAAUGGAUCUGCAACGUUUGCUACAAGAUCGCAGAAUUGCACGCACUCACCGGCAAGUGGAUGUACGAAGGUCCGGUCGCCGGGGAAUCCUUGAGCGAGAAGACAUCGCCGUCCACUGCGAACUCGCUGAACCACAGCAUCCGACGUGCUUGGACGAUUAAUGGUCCACCGACGCGUUGGUCAGCCACAAGGAAAUCCCCGGAGCUGCGAAUAUAUCGCAGCCUGCCGUCCCGUCAUCAGGACUAUCCAGAGCCGUUGGAAGACUCGAAGAACGACAGUGCGUCGUUGAAGUCCGGCGAAUACUCGCGAGACAGCAGUUCGGACGCUAAGGAUCGAGUCGAAAGUAACGAGGACUCUAAGGACGCGUGCGAGGCGAGCGAGAAGAGCGUGUCGAUCAACGAACGAACGAAAAAGGAGAAAACUACCGGUAGAUCGGAGGAGGAAGUGCCAUCACCGGAUGCCAUAAGGUUCAAGAGGACCGAACGAUCGAACAAGAGUAAAACAGAUGAGCAGGAGGAUCUUGCGCAGGAGCCGAGCACACCGAGAAUCUCAUUGAUCAAGCCGCCCAGGAUCCUUACGAAGUUCAUAUCUCCCGAGACGAAACCGAGCCCGACGAAGCAUGGCGAGAGGAAAUCGAACAUUCCCAUCUUCAGGAGGAGCUCCAAGGAGUUCGAGGAUAUCCGCAGCCCACAGGAAUCGCCUAAGCGAUCGCUUAUCCCUCAGAGGUAUAGAGGAAGCACCGACGACUUGCGCCGCAGUCGCGAGGACAUAAGUGUGCCGAGUUUGAUCCCGAAACUGCUGUCCUCUCGCAGCAAAGAAGAGCGACUGAAGCGGCAAGACAGCAAAGACGACAUCCGCCAUCCGCUCAAGUCCGCGAGAAAGGAUCCCAAGGAGGAGGCCAAGACCUCGUCGCUGGUCGCCUCGUCGUCCGCCAGCAAGGACGACGGCGGCGGCAAGGCUUCAGGAAUACGGAUCUUUCGUCGAGAUAACAGUCGCGAGGACGUGGGCAGAGAAAGCGCGAAUUCGAUCGGCUCCACGAAAGGAAAGCAACAGCAGGAUAAAACGCAGGAGAGAACGGAGGAUCGAGGCGUGGGCGGCGCGACGAGAUCGCGAGCCGUUGGCGAGCAGAACAGGACGAGGUGCGAAGACAGCAAGGACGCUAACGACGUUAACGAGGAAUCGAGGUGCGAGGAGGCUGUCGUCUCCGUCGAGCGGGACGAGGCGACACGAGGCGACAAGGAGGAGAUCGCGACUCAGGCCGAUGUCGAAAUCGCCCAGGACGCUGGGAUGAUCGACGUGAUCGUCGCGGAGGAUAGGACGCAGGAGGAUCGGCGGGAACAGGACACGAUGGUCGUAGGCGAAGUGAUAGACGAGAAGCAUUUGCUGGCGCGAGAACCGGUCGAGUCCCCGGAGAACGAUAAGCAGGACGACGAGGAGACCAGGGACACCGCCGAGCGUCUGUUGGACGGCAGUGACGGUGACGUCACUGGCAUCGCUGGUGAACGGAGGAGCCUGUUGGAAAUCGGCUAUGGGAAGAGGCUGGACGAGUUCCAAGUGAUACGGCGAAAGUUCUCCAAAGAGGAAUUCUCGAAUCCAGACGACACCGACGACGCUCCUAAUAAGCGUUGUUCAAGCCAUCUGUCGCCGGAAGCCAGUCCACUGAGCACAAGAUCAUCAAGAUACAGUCCUCGGGAGAGCGAGAGCGAGCCCACACCGGCGUUGCCACGUAAAAUCGGUGGAGACUCCUGUUCCGCUUCCCAGAGGAUACGUGACGCCAUCACGAGGACCAGAAGGGAGUCCAACAGCAGCACCAGAUACGAGAGCAGCGGCAGCGAAAGCGUCAGAUUGAGCGAGACCGGGUUGCACGGAUACGCGGAGCUGGCCAGGAAGGUGAAGUUCUUCGGAGGGUGUGGAAGCGCGGUUUCGUCGACGAUCGGCGGCGACGAGGUGGUGCAGCGCGACAGCGCUACCAGCGCAGGUGAGGACGAAACCAACGAGGAUGGCCACGAUAGAGCAGGACCGGUCCCUUCUCAAGGAAGGACGAUGCUGCGGCGAAGGAGGCAGUUCGAUGCUCAAGGUUCUCGACGACGCGGGAGAUCGCACGCGAGGUCCUGCUGCGGGACGGAGGACUUGCAGAGCCUGCAGACGUUGCAUCUGAUCGGGGGACGCGGUCGACACCGUAGUCCCAAUCCGUCUGGCGGCUGCCAGGGCCAGGAACAGCCACCAGCGGUGGACUACAGGCGACUGGUGUUCAUCAGCUCGGAUUCGUCGUCCGGCCGCGAGGAGGACGACGCGGACAGCAGCUGCUCGAGCUCGUCCUACCUGAACGGGCUGCCCCGCAACGGCGGCCACGCACAGUCGCUCGAGGACUGCGACUGGGACUACUACGACAGCGGCAGCCUGCCGCUGCCAGCGAUCGCCAUCGGCGCCGGUAACCACGUCGGCGCGGACCACGGCGUCGCUCAAGACUGGAGCUGCUGUCCGGGACGCGGCUCGGCCGCCUGUCAGGCUUGUGGCGGUUCCCGUAGCGCGAACGUACUCCCGGUGCCGGUGCCCAUACCGGUCCCGGUUCCGUACCCGGUGCCGGUACCGGCGGCUCUGUGGACCGGCGACUUCGCGGCGGCCGCGUCAUCCAUGAUAAGCCGCGACGGCCAUGCCGAGCCGGGAACUCUGAGGCUGCGAGGCGAUCCUGCGGCGCCCUGGUUCGCCUGGCAUCCUCGCUUCAACCAGCCCCUUCAUGGCGCCCGUCUGGAUCCCCGGCUGACCGGCGUCUUUGAUCCGACCACCUGCACCUUCCGACCGGAUCAGGUGAUGACCCCGAGACUGUACGGGCCGAUAACGGAGACCACGGCGCCCUCGGCGAAUUACGAGUCGUCGCCUCAGCAGCAACGUUCGACGUCCAGCAACGGGCAAGACGCGAGGGACGACGCGAAGGUCGCGUCGAAAGCGGAAGAGCCGUUGAAGACCGAGGAGAACUUGUCGGCGAAGGAGACCAGCGAGCCCAUUGGUUCCCCUGUCGCGAAGAAUAAAGCGAGACCGAACGAGACAGAGAACAUCGAAGCGGAGUGCGAGGAAGGCGAUGAAGACGCGGAGGAGGUAGAAGCGAGCGAGGUGGAGGCCGCCUGCGAGGAUUCGCUGUCUUCGUCCUUCGACAGGAGCGCGGAGAGGAUGUACCAGCACUCGCGAGAGGACUCCGGCAGCUCGUCCGGCCGCUCAUCGGCGGACAGCAGCGACCUGGAGGACGACUCCAGCUCGCAUCGCUUCUCCAGGGUGUUCGUGGUGAACGAUGACUCGCUCACCAGCGACAACGACAUCGAGGACAAUGAGGAGGACGACGACUCGGACUCGGCGGCGGAGGGCGGUGUUACCCUGAAGCGCGUCAUCGCGAUCCCCGAGGAGGAGCCGGUGGUGCUGCAGCACGUGAGGCUGCUGAACGAGGAGGACGCUCUCGUGGAGAACGAGCGCAAGGAGAACAGCAGGGACGAACUGGGAGCGGCUCGUUCCAGGAUCCACGAGCCCGAAGGCGACGCCAGGUUGUCGUUGGGCGAGCACGUCGGCAACUCGAGCGACAGACGGAAAAGUCGCGGCAACGGCGACAAGAGGCUCCCUCUUCUGCUGCAGCACCGGUCCAUCCCCGAGGAGAUGUACCUGGCGGACGACAACGACUGUUCCGGCAAUCGAAUCGAGCUGAGGUCCAUCAGGACGCUCGACCCGGACAGCAUCGAUCCACCGGUGGCGUCGUUCGCGAGGGAUCUCGAGACUCUCGUCCCGAAGACGGCGGACACGCUGAGGCGCAACGAUCGCUCCAGGACACCGGAGGUGGUUUCGCAGGACGAUCAGCUCGAGCCGAAGUCGCCCUCGAGCGACGCUUGGGACCCCACCAUCGUCCCGGAUUCCCUCGAGAUCUCCGACGAGCUGCUCCCCAAGGACGCUACCGACUGUGAAAACAGAGGCCGCGUCACCUCGCUCUUCGAUAACGAGCAGUGGUGCGCGCGAUCGCGUGUCAGAAACUACGACGAUCGCCGGGGAGAUAAGUUGCUUUUAUCGGCGGCGGAUCAUCGCGACGUCGCUGUCGGCGACGCGUCCGUCGACAGUUCCAUCGGCAACGAAAGCAACACCACGGGCAGCGAGGUGAGCAGCGACGAGCUGCACGAGUACGAGCUGACCACGGUGUCGUCCUCGUUCGACUUGGGCAACGAGGUCGCCGCGGUCAACGGCGAGCUGCUGCACCGGCUCGCCAGGGAGAAGACGGAGGGAGAGGUUGUCCGGGCGAAUGGCUACCAUCUCCACGGAUCUGAUCAGGAUGACAAAGGGAGCUCGGCAGUCACGCGAACGAUGACGAAGAGCGGUGCCAAGCGGAACGCGGGAACGAUCGCCGGGUGGUCUCCGGAUCAGAAUUCGAUCGACGCCGCGGUUGUCACGACGACGACGGUGGAGUCGAUGAUCGGCGGGAAGGACAACGAUGACGAAGACGGCGAUCAGCCGGUCACGCGUCGUCGCGCCGGAAGAACAGAGCGGCAAGAUGGCGCGGAAGACAACGACCCUACGACGACGACGACGGGAGAGCUGGUAGUAGGAAUCGCCGACGUGGGCGACGCGCUACCCAGCAAGACUCAGGAGACGUCGAGGAGGAGUGCGGAGGGUGUCGGCAAGGUGGACAGUGCGCAUGACGACGGCCCGGUGAGAGGCGAGAUCGCGACCGUCGGUGCCGGUGGUCAGGUGGGAGGAAGUGGCAGUGACGGUAACGGUGGUGGUGGUGGUGGUAGUGGUGAGAGCCUCGCGGAGGGGGGAGCGACACGGUUUCGCUCAGUCGAGCGACGCCCGUGCACUCGUAAGGAGAAUGGAUUCCCAGCUGACGCGUCGGCCAAGGAUCCUGCCAGAGACGCCCAGCACUUUCCCUCGGUGGCGUGCAACAACAACAAUAACAACAGCAACAAGUACAGGAGCCUCGUGAUGAUCACCCAGGAGGCCUCGUACCAGCCGGUGAGCGUCGUCACCUCGGACACCACCACGCUGCUGCAGCCGGAUGAGAUCCACUCGGCCGGACAGGGUCUGGCUGGUUAUUUCCAGCUGGCGCUGGAAGCUGCGGGCGAGCAGCCGCCGCGCAAGAACGGCCAGGGUCCUCGCAGGCCGUUGAUGGUGAAGAGGCUACCGGCCGCGACGGCCGUCGUUACGGCGAGCCAUCAGUCUGAACCCGAGGCGGACAGUGGUCUGAGUGUGGGCAGUGCCAGUGAAAGCGACGACGUGUCCGUGAAGAACAACGUGAACAACACGUCGAGGUACGGUAAUUGCCGGGCGGAGAGCGCGGAAGACGGAGGUGCGAGGGAACGCGCAGCGUCCGCGGAGAAUCGCGAUGGCGCGCGUCCACGUGCCUCGUCGCAGUCCAGCGACGACAAUUCGGCGGCCAGUGGCGGCGGCGUCAUCAUACUCGAGGAGGGUCUCGCCGACGACGAUUCCUGGGUGGAGGAGGUGUCGCACGACGAGGACGAGCCUGGCGCCACCACCGCCACGGAGGAGAGCUCGGAAGAUGAAGCCAACAACUUCGGUGACCGGGAGGAAGAGCUGCGCGGCUAUCGCAGACAGGCGAUCGACUUCACUCUGCACACCAUCGUCGAGGAGUCCUGCGAAGAGAGCGAGACGGAGCCCGGCAGUUUGGCCGCGGGCAGUCCUUCGAAGAAGCCGCGACCGCCCUCCGCUUCCGAGCUGGAGAAGUAUUUCUUCUUCGGCCUGGGCGGCGACGGCAACAAUUCCAGCAUGGGUUCGCGCGAGGUCGACAGCUUGUCGGAGACGUCCUCGAUAUACUCGGAGGGACUGGAGUCGCUGGGACAGGACGAGGCGAACGGCGGCGGCCAAAGCCAAGACAGAAGCAACUCCGGCGACAGCUUCCUGAACUCUUCUAGGCUGGAGAAGUAUUACCUCUCGGAGUUCCUCGGCUUCGACCAAGACAGGAGAGACUCGGACGGCUCGGUGGGCAGCGACUCGGAGGGUAGACCCAGUCCGGAGGCGCAGAGGAGGAAGAAAUUGGUCCGAGCGCGAGGUACCGGCAGGUCUCACAGCUCCUCGCUGGACAACCUGUUGGCUCUCACGCAGAGCUCGCAGAAUCUAAGCUCGCAGAACUCGCUGCAGGACCUGAGCCUGAACCAGGACGCGCAGGAGACUCAGUCCGAGGGCUCGUCCACGGAGACCGACGGCACCGAGGACGGCCAGACCGCCGCAUUCGGCACGGACGGCCAGUUCGACACGGUGAAACGCAAGAAGAAGAAACCACGGAACCUGGGCACUCAGAGCCCUCGCGUUCCCGACGAUCGCAACAAGACGCCGGAGCCGAACCGGGAAAUGGCGCUUAUGAGCGAGGUGGUGGUGGAGAACGACAACGAGGCGAUGAACUCGGAGGACUCGGACAGAGCGAAGACCCCGCAACCGGAGUCGGUCUUGUCCUCGUCCUCGUCGCCGUCCACCCUGACCAACACGUCGAACGUCUCGUCGUCCCAGAUGGACUCCUCGAGGAACGUCCAGGUGACCUCGGGAGACUCGGUGAGCUACGGGCAACGUUCGAAGCAACAGUCGAGGGACUCCGGCUUCGUCGGCAGCUGCGACGAUCUCCUGCAGCAUCAGAAACUCCCGGAUGAGGGCAAUCAGCCGAGCAGUCCCGAGGUCGACCACGAGGCGAGCGGCGCGGAGCGCUCGCUGAGCAAGACCAGCGAUCACCUUCCCGGUCCGAACGUCGCCGAGGGCGUCGCCGUAGCGGACAGGAGCAACCUCGCGAAGCACCCGGUGAAUCACGCCGCGAGCCUGCCGCACCUGGCGAACGCCUCGCUCUCGCGCAAGGACAGCUUCAACAACUGGUCCAGCGACGAGGAGACGAAUCUCAUGAUGUCGAAGAUGCGGCAGUUCUUCAAGACGAUGGUGGCCAACUCGAACGGGCAGAACGCGACGAACUCGAGCGGCGCCUCGCCGGCGCCGAGUCCCCGGCUGACCGGUUACGCGUCGAAGGCGCGGCUGUGCGCGCAGAACCGCACGAAGCCGCCGCAGCUGGUGUACUUCGAGAACGAGCUAACGCGGCUGAUGAAGACGGUGCCGGGUAUACGCGACGAGCAGGUGCGCGAGAUCGUCGAGUACCUCAGCUCGGAGGACACGUGGUCGGACUCGUACGACAGCUCGGACUACACCAGCUCGGAUUUGGAGGGCGCCGCAGCCGGCGGUCGCCGUUCGGCUCUGCAGGAGCAGAUCUCGCAGAGCUGCCAGCAGAUCAUCAGCAAAUUCGACACCACUUCCGCCGACGGCGGUGGUGGCGCUCUUUCGGACAAGGACAGGGACCACGUGAAAGGCCUGCCGGGCGAUUCGCCGCAGCCCGCCUGCCUCGGCAGGGACACCGCCUUCGUCUACCAGAAGCUGGUGCAGAGCUUCACCAAGAUGGCGGGCGACGGUGUGAGCUCGGACGCCAACUCCACGCCGCACAGCAGCCCGCCGUUGAUCGCCAAGGUGAUGCACCACAUCGGCAGCCGGCUGGUAGCGCUGAUGCACGAGGUCUCCGAGGGCGGGCCGGCGGCGCAGCAUCACUCCAGCGGCACCUCCUGGCGACGGUACUCCCAACACCACCGCACCCCGUCCUCGGCGUCGACCACCGAGGACGACGACUCCACGUCGGACUCCACCAACGCGCCCUCGUCGGCCCACCUGCAGCUGCCCAGGUCCAAGUCGCACGACCCGCUGCUGCUGAUCAACAGCCACCCGGCGGCCUCGACCGGUCAAGAGGGCGAGGAACGCGAGGCGAGCGACUACGAGAGGUUCUCCUGGCGCGGCAGCUUCGAGUCCGCCCUGAUGGCGGCCGACUCCAGGACGAAGCUGAGCCUGUUGGCGUGCUCCGGUGACGUCAGUGGCAGUGCUAGUGCCAGUGCCAGUGCCUUGGCGAUGGCGGCGAAGCGUCGCAGCGCCGGCGACCUGCUCUUCAACCCCAAGAGCUUCUCCAGGGAGCAGCUGGACAGAGUGAGGAGCUGCGGCUCGAUCGGCGGCGGCGGUGGCGGCGGAGUAAGCGGUGGCGCAACCGUCGCCGGCGGCGGCGGCUGCAGCGGCGGCUCCAUCGAGGAGAGGAUCUGGAGUAACCGCAGGAGAUCCUCCGUUCCGGACGCCAACACCAGGGGGGAGUCAGGUGCAUCCGCCGGCGACGAGGACACCGAGGACGAGCUGGAGUACGGAGGCGGCGAGUCACGCGCGACGACUCUUCCACGUGGCAUGCAGUCCGCGAUCUCUGCGGCGACCAACUCGCUGCCGCGUCUGCCGGCGUCGAGCGUGCCGGCCGGUCUGACCGCGACGUCGGCGUCGGCGUCGUCCGCGUCGUCGUCGUCCUCGCCGAUGCACAAGGCCCACAGCGUCUACCACUUCCUGCCGCAGCACAGCGGCGUCAAGUCCGCCCGUUAUCGGCCGCCCGGCUUCGCCAGGAACAGCAACGUGCCCGGCGCGAUCGGCGGGCCAAAACGCGCCGUCAGCGCGCCGGGCCUCCAAGUCUCCGGCUCGCAAUCGGCCGCCGGCAAACGAGACAACUCCAGGUCGCGGAGACAGCAAACGAUGUCGCUCACCUCCGACGAUGGAGGUAGUUUAUCGGAAGCAUGCAGCACUCCAAUUAUCGGAGCAGGAUCACGAGCAGGAUCUAGUCACACAGUCAUGGACAUGGAUGAUAUGGAUCCAGGAUUGCAUUCCGGUCAUCUCGCUACUCGUGCCUCCUUGUCGAGCCUCGGGGCACGUUCGGACUCAAUGGCGUCGGUAUACAGCGGCGCGGGUGAGGGACGUUGUUGCCGAUCCGUGGUCGUCACCGGCGAAGUGGAGUUCGCUCUGCAGUACGACUAUAAGCACCUGACCUUCGAGGUGCACGUGACGAAGUGCAAGAACCUCGCGCCAGUGGAUGUUAAGCGCAAACGAUCGGAUCCAUACGUCAAGGUAUACCUGUUGCCGGAUAAGUCAAAGAGUGGCAAGAGGAAGACGAAGGUGAAGAAGCACACGUUAAACCCGGAGUUCAACGAGACCCUGAAGUUCCAUAUGAGCCUGAGCGGCCUGGAGACCAGGACACUGUGGCUGACUGUCUGGCAUUCGGACAUGUUCGGUCGCAACGACUUCCUCGGCGAGGUGCGGAUGCCGCUGGAGAACAAGAUAUUCGACGAUCCGACGCCCCAUUGGUAUCCCCUUCAGGAAAGAACGGAGCCGUUCGACGAUCCAGUCGCAUACAAGGGAGAGGUGAUAGUCGGUCUGAAAUUCGUGCCGCCGGAUCCGACGCAGCAAGAUCGCGAUCGGGAAAACGGCACCGAUCACCGCAGUUCCAAAGCAAAGAAAAACUGGAGUCGUGGUGCUCUCCACGUUCUCGUUAAGGAGGCUAGGAACCUGCAAACUCGGGCCAAGAACUCGGGCACCUGUGAUCCUUUCUGUAAAAGCUAUUUGCUGCCUGACAAAGGCCGAUCCGGUAAGCAAAAGACUGGAGUGGUGCGCAGAUCGGGCGGCUCCCCGGUUUGGGGACAUACGUUCAUAUACAAAGACGUUAGUCUGCAGGAGUUAGCAGAACGUGGAUUGGAACUGACGGUCUGGGAUCACGAUAGGAUUGCCAGCAACGAAUUCUUGGGCGGCGUGCGGUUUAAUCUCGGCACCGGGAAGCACUACGGGAAACCUGUGGACUGGAUGGACGCGACCGGCCGUGAACUGUCUCUGUGGCAGAACAUGCUCGAGAGGCCGAACUUCUGGGUGGAAGGCGCGGUGACGUUGAGGCCGAACCUGCACAAUCACGGCAAGAACAACGGCUCUUAAGAACGACGAGCGACGAGCACGGCGCCGUUCGACGACUAUCGGGAUAACGGCGCGCUUCUCAGUCCUCUCGUUUCCUUUUUUCGGAGACUCGCAGGAGACUCUCGGCUUUUCAGAGAUGGCGAUUUAGUCCAAGUAUCGUUAUAUGUGUACAUAGUUCCAGAAGCGUCGCGUAAGUCCCCGAGAAGCGACAGACUCGCGAAACGAAAAUCAGUGCCUUCGGGAGCGACGUGGACUCGCGUCUUUCGGUGUCCUUCGGUCCUCCUAAACUGGCACGACCAAGAAUUCCGGUCCGCCGACGGAAACUUCCAUGGAAAGUGGAUGGCCCUCAGCCCGGUGGAUCGAAGGGAUAUACGUCAUUUCGUUGUUUCUUCGGUGCUUUUGCACUCUGCAUAACGUACGCACUAACGAUUCUCCUCUGUCUAUUCUUACUCUUACGUUGCGUCCUAUAUAAAUUUAUCUAUAUCGUGUAAAUCGUACUUUUUAAUUUCCACGUGAAACUUUACCCAACCAGUACGUGAUGCACGACACUCUUGUUUCUUUGAUUUCUCUUCUUGCUUUAUUGUUACUUCGCGUUAUUAUUUCGAAAGAUAAUAUAAAACGUAUCAAUAAUAAUAUAAAAGGCGCGUUAGCUGAUUUUUGAGUGAAAGUUAGGCGGUAGUUUGUUUUCUCUACGCGCGAUUUUUCUUCCUUCGCUUAGCAAUGAGAUAGAAAUUUAUAAUAGAAAUAGAAAUUUAUAAUUUCGUAGAUAGAGAACGUCGUGAUAUACACGCGAAAAUGAAUAAAUCUAAAUUUACGUUUACACGUGAAUUUAUACGAGAAUUAUCAUUUUAGAAGAUCGACUUGGAGACAGACUAUGCAAAAUUAUAUUUUCUGUUUAAUUAUUUUUCCCGUGGAACGCGGCUGAGAUCUUAUUUUCCGCUUGCCUGGUUCCUUGCACUCGUAGCUUCUUUCGCACAAAGCCGGGAUUCGUAACAACGACAUAUUAACAUAAUGAACGUGCCAAACGUUGAGAGGAUAGAGUUGUAGCGCAAUUGACACGUUAUCUUUUGAUAUUUUUCGAGAUAAAGUUACAUCAUUAAGUAGAGUCCACGCUUACCUUCGAUGCUGUUUCAUUCGGGAAUGACCAUCAAUUUUUUAUCCUCGUAACUAACGGGUUAACUUUCAUCACAGCGUCAUUUCCACGUAUUGUUUGCGAAGCGUAUUUUUCCUUCUUUCCAAGCUACUUCUCGUUCUCUUGUCGCACAUUUUUAUGCCUGUUAUUUCUCCUUAUCGCUGUGGCGCGAGAAGUUCCAUGUAGAACUACGCGAGCUGAACAGGCGAUGAAAACACAUGCAAUAUCGUGAAGUAUCGUCGAUAUUCUCGAGGAGAUACUCUUAGGUCCUCACUACAAAGCCCGAAACGAGAUAACGAGUAAAAGCAGAAGUGCGUCCGUCCAAGCAGUCGGCGAGACGAUUAUCGGCAUCGUAUUGGAACGAACGAAAAACGAUGAAUUCUCGUAACGUGACUCUCGCCGAGUUCCGAACGUUGAGUCGCGAAACUGUACGCGUGUGCUUGGAGAGUUCGCGCGUGAAAUUCUACCUCAGAGAAAAGAAGAUUGUCCCCGAAAAUCAAUUCGCGAAAACGGCGGAAGGAUGACGAAAUGAUCUUUAGUAAAAAAGAAAAAAAAAAUCCUCGCGAAGGAAGAACAAGUGCAAUAUAAAUCAAUUCGGCGUUGCGGUAAACAGCGCGUCCAAAAAUUAGUAAAAUUGUAGUAAAAUGUUAUGUGAUAUCAAUUUACAUUGCGGAUACGUGCAAAGUUCGUGAGAAAGCGGAGGUAGCGAGCGGACGAGGAGUCUCGUUAUAUUUUCUCUUCUCUUACUUUACGAUUCACGAUUUUCGAACAAUGUUUCAUUUUUGAAGAAAUCGACCAACGAUAAAUUUUUUAUCAUUUGAUCGAACGUUUGAGAGCCUUCGAUAUCAUUGAGCGUUCAAUUGCGUGUCGGAAAAACGAUGAACUCGACUCGAAUUCAAGAAAAUAGAACGGAUCUCCUGUUCAGCCGCUCGCUUUCCCUCCGUCGUUCGCCAACGAACAAAUCGGACAAGACGAGAAACGUCGGCGUUUGGUACGCGAAACGACAACGUUGUGGACACUUUCCUUUCUUGGAGAGAAAGAUGCUUCCAGUGUGUACAAUAGAGAACGAACGAUGACGAGCGAACGAAGCGAUGGAACGGUGUAUUUAAGGGAUUUAAAUAUGACCGCUUCCUCCCAUCGAUUUAUACACAUAUACACACACACACACACACACAUACACACACAUCCAUGUACAACGCACACAUACACACACAUACACACAUAUUCUCCCUCUCUCUCCCUCUCUCUUUUUCUCGUAUAGAUGUUAUAUUUAUACAUGUAUACUUAUGCGAGUAACUACCAUCGCUGCUCUGAAAUUCUCGAAAGAAACUCGUCAUUCACGGAUCCAUUCUAAGGACACGGAGGCUUUCUUUCGGCGAUUUCAGGACGAUCGUAGAGGAAGGCCCACAUCUGCGGCUCGCGUUUAGCGCUAAAGGCGCGCUGGUCUGUCUCACUUAUCGUUCAGCGUUAAAUCUGGACUAUCUCUGUUACGAUAUUUAUGUUUAAUGCUUGAGCAUUCACGUCUGGCGCUAAACGCUGAAUCGCUGAAUCGCGGCGCAAGCAUGAAUCGACGACACGAAUGUUCCCGAAUGAAUCGAAGGGCCGAACUGACGUACUUCGUACUUAACCGACUUAAUUAUACAGCCUUCGAUUGUUAGCAUACGAUUGUGUAACGUCGCGUAAGUCGCGUAUACUUAGAUGUAAGACUCUUCCUACAAACAGGGUUAACGAUGGAAACUGUAAACUGCCUUUAACGUAUGUUUUGUAGAGAUUCGAGCGGUGCGCGAUAGCAUAUAAAGUUCCCAGCGAGGAAAUGGACGAGUUUAAUCUAUCGUUAAUUGACAAUUUGGGUGACGAUCGCGGAUGGAAUUCGUGAAUUGCGGAAUUAUAUCAAUUUCUGAGACCGGGAGAGUUUGCUUCGGAAAAUGUCUGAAUUUCUUUCUAUUUCCUGUUAUCUUACCAACUAAGCGUUUGUUGAAACAGGCGAAAUAUCAUGAAAAGGAAAUGUAUUUCUACUUACCUUCCCGAAAUGAUUUCUUUUUUAUUCAUGAUUUCUCGCUAAGGAUGCAUUUGAAGAGGAGACAGACAAUCAUAAAACAGACAUAGGGGAAUUUCAAAAUUACGAAGUGAAACUCGAGCUUCGAGGGAAUUUGUAAAUUCGCAAAGCGAAUCCCUACGAAUUCUUUUAAUUCCUCUCUUUCUCGCGGGGCUAUAUAUAGCGUGCGUGUUAAAUUAACUAACAAAUUCUGAAGUAUACAUAGACAUACAUAUAUAUAUAUAUGACUUCGACAUUCUCGAAAUACUGAAUUUAGCGUCGUUGCGAUAAUUAAUGUCGUACGCAUUACGGACCAAUAGCGGUAUAGAAAGGUCGAAGAUUCUGUUACGAUAACCCGUUACGUUUUUCUAUGUCCGAUGAAGUCUCCAAGUUACUCUACCGUAUGUUAGUGCAUAGCGUUUAAUGUUACUGAAUGAAUAGAAUCAGACAUUUAUUUAUAUGUCGCUCGUCGGUGUACAUGAUAAUAAAAGUUUUAUACGUUUA